AUGCGAUGCAAGGGUGAAACCGUUCUCAAGGCCGUAGCACCGGACGACAACACCAAGGCGGCCCCCCAGCCGGCCGCCGCUCCCACCACUGACGCCGGCCUCGCGGCGCGGCUAUGCGAGGCGGAGCGGCGCUGCGCGGCGCUGAGCGAGCAGCUUGCCGCCGCGAACGACUACAUCGAGACCCUCGAGUACGAGCUGCUCCAGGCGCGGGCGCGCCAGCGCGGCGACGACGACGACGAAAGCCCUGACGCGCCGGAGCAGCGCCUGCGGCGGGCGCUGGACGCGGGCCGCAGGGAGCGAGAGCUGGAGCAGCGGCUCGAGCGCACGCAGCAGGAGCUGGAGACCGCGCGGCGCACGGCGGCCAGCGAGGGCCAGCGGCUCAUGAAAGACAGGGAGGCGCUGCUCGAUGCGCGGAAGAGGUGGGAGGGGGUCUUCGAGUGCCAGCACAACCGCAUGUACAACAUGCAGGCGGCGCUCGACCAGGCCAAGAUGGCGCAUGCGUGUGCUGCGCAUGACGCGGCGCGGGAAUGGCUGCGGGAGGAGCGGGAGCAGGCGAUCUGGGAGGCAGACGGCGCAAUGCAGGCGCGCAUGCAGCAGGCCUUUGGCGAGGUGGUGGCGCGCAGGGACGAGAUCGUCGCGGCGCUGCAGGCGCUCGGCGCGGGCGGCGGCUGCAAUGCGGCUGCAGCGGCGGGCGGCUCGGGAGCUCGGGUGCUGCAUGUGCGCACGGCAGACAGUGGCGACGCAGACGGCUGA